AUGGCAAAAUCUAAGGUGCGUUUCUCAGAAGUAGACGAACUAACUGAUGAAGGAGCGUUGCUGCAUAGCCGUGAGAAAUAUGCUCGUUAUCAGGAAGACGAAGAGGAACAGAGGAAAAAUUCGGAUGAGGAGGAAAACGAAGAUGAUAUAAGAAAAGUUUACCAAUCGAAACAUACUCUGGAUAGUGAUGAGGAGGAAGAAGUGAAAUAUAAAAAAUUGGAUGUGGACAAAAUUGACGGACAAGAAGAAGCGGGUUUGGAAUAUGAAGGUAACACGAAAAUUAUGGCUUUCAAUAUGAAGGAAGACUUAGAAGAGGGACAUUUUGAUUCUGAUGGAAAUUUCAUUUUUGAUAAAAAGGAAACCGAAAUAAAGGAUGCUUGGCUGGAUAAUAUCGACUGGGCAAACGUAAAAGCAGAGGCAGGUGAUCAAUGGCAUCAGAAAAAUGAAGAAGACAACUCAACAACAAAAAUUCUUGGUAAUAGUGAACUUAAACAUAUAUACACAAAAAUUGCUUCGAUGUUAAAAUCGAAUGAGACAAUUGAACGAGCACUAGCUAGGUUUGGGAAGGAAAAAGGUUUAAGCGCAGCAGAAGAGCGAAGGAAGAGAUGGGCAGCAAAGAAAGCUGGUAAGGAAUACGUUAACGAAAAGAAUUUUGCAGUGAAGGAGUUGACAGGUUUAACUGAUACCUUAGUAUCAAACGGUGAAAUGGAAGCUUAUCAAUAUACCCUUGAGAAAGUUCAAUUUAUGAUCCAAGAGUUAGAAAGUAAAGCCGUUGAUGUCUUGGAUAUGUUUUCGAAUGAAGCACCAACUUGCUCUAAUAGAGGAGAAAGCAAGAAAACCGAUGGAACUGCAAAGCCUACUAAUAAUGCCGUCGUGUGGGAAUAUAAAUUAUCAAAUGACGAUGGUGCGGAAAUUAUUGGUCCAGUAUCCAGUGAAGAAAUGAUGAAAUUACAAGGGGAGGGCAAAUUUGAGAAUGGUGGUUGGGCUCGUAAAAAAGGCAUGCAAACUUUUUACACCAUUGCAAGGCUUGAUUUUGAAAUAUAUAUUUGA